AUGGCGGCCGCACCGGAUUCCUCGGUGCUAGUCGACCUUACCGCCGACGACGACUCGCUCUCGGAGCUCUCAGACGCACCGGACCCUCUCCCUUCCACCUCCUCAUCCAAAGCCAAGCCCAAGUCUAAAUCGUCCUCAGCCAAGGCCGCUUUGACCAAAUCGGCUUCCUCUUCCAAUCUUGCAGGGCCCAAGGCGACCACCAAGCCCAAAGCGAGAAAGUCGGAACCUACCACAGCUUCGAAAACCAACGGCGCUGAACAUACGCCGGCGAAAGGAAAGGCAAAGGAGAAUGGCAGCGCAUCUAAAGCACCCCACCCGCGCUCAACACCCAUCAGCGAUGCUGUUCGAGCACGCACCCACGUCAACGUCGAAGGUGAGGUGCAGAAGAAAUGCCAUCAACACCAUCAGAACUGCAAAGGUCCUCUGCUCGAGUGCACCUUCAUGCGAGCUCCAGGCAAGCGAUGCCAGGGCCGAUACUGCUUCUCUUCCCUGAAGCGCUUCUAUGACCAGGACCCAGAGACCAUCGUCAAGUCGAACCGCAUGAUGAUCAAUCCCGAGGAACACUGUCCACCUUCCGAGGCCAAAUAUGCGUGGAAAUGUCCACGUUGCCGCGGCAAGUGUGCCUGCUCCACCUGCCGCAAAGCUCGAGGUCUUGAGCCUCUCGGUAAGUGGUCCACCAGUAAGUCGAGCACGGGCACUACGGAGGCUGGCGACGACUCAACGAGCAAGUCGAAAUCGAAGACGAACGGCGAUGCGGCUGCACAGCCAGAGACCAGCAAAAAGGCAUCAACGAAGGGCAAGGGCAAGAACAUUGCAGAGGCCAUGGCAGCAGGAAAGACCAAUGGCAAAGGCAAGGCCAAGUCCGACGCCAUCGAUGUCGACGCCGACGAAGAUGACGGUGUCAACACGCCACCGCCCCCUGGCAGCCGCAAACCAGCGCCAAAGAAGACGCUCGCCAGUAUUCUCUCCGCCAACACCAUCCGUGCGCCCGCUUUCAAAACGUUCAAGCCACCUGCAGAGACGGCACCUCCGACACUCGAAGUCAUCCCCACCAAGCUCCCCGAGGACAAUAUGCGUGCUCGCAUGUGGAUCUACGAGAGCAUGGUGCGCUUCGACAAGUUUGGUCUCAACCGAGGCGUCCUCUCGCAGCUCGACCGCUUCGAGCACUGGACGCACACCAUGGUGCAGGACAUGCUCGCCUGUCUCCUUAAGACCAUCGCUGGGAUGAGCAACAUCGAACGCGGUCAACCCACCAAGCCGUUCGUCAAGGCCAUUACCGCCUUCCGCAGUCACGGCAAGAAUCUGCAGCGCGGCGAGCCCUGGGCCGCUGCCACUGAGCUGCUGACCAUUCUUGGUCUGGCACGUACGCCGCUGGCCUUCGUCGAGCACGACAUUCCUGUCGAGGUGGAAGCUGCGGCUGCCCACCGCUCGCCAUCGCCUCCCCCGGCUGCUCGGGUGACCCGCGCACGCAGAGCCAAGGAGGGCAACCAGUACGAGAUCGCUCGUCAACUCUCGCUGCUGGAUCAAUGGGAGGAGGACGAGUUUGGCGAGACGGCGGGCGACGCUGACGAGGAUGAUGAGGAUGCCUUACCGUCCAAACGCAGGCGUGGGACGACGAAGAAGUCGAUCUACGUCUACGACGAGCCGAGCGAUGACGAGAGCAUGGCGGACCCGGAUGACAGCUCACGCGCUCGACGUUCUGGACGAUCGCGUAGAGCCGCAGAGAAAGAGCCAGCGCCCGAAGUCAGACUGACAGGGCGACAGCAGGCCAUCAAGCUGCAGCAGGAGCAGCAGAAGGAAGAGGAAGCGGCAGCAGCGGCCCAACAGAAGGAAGAGGAGCAUGUUGCGGCGUCCAGAAAACGCCGUGCUUCGAGUGGCAGUAUCGUCAAUGGCACUGCCAGCAUCGCUUCCGAUGACGAGGAUGCCGACCAACACAACAAGCCUCGGACGAAUGGCAACUCUCACGACAAGAGGCGCAAGCUUGUCGCUGGCAGCUCGGACGACGAAGCCGAGUCCGACGUCGACGGUGACGACAGCAAGGUCAAGGACGACGUCGAGACUGAUGAGAAGGACACUUCCAUUGUCGAGCAAGACCAGGAAGACCUCGAGAGCCCUGAUCUCGAGACCAAGGUGUCGAUCCUCAGCGCGCUCAUCGACGCAGCCGUCAUGGCGGAGAACGUGGCCGAGGAGCUCAAGCUGGCCGCAGACAACAUGGUCUCACUCGAUCGCGCGCAAAAGGUGGCCAACGCCGAGAUGGAGAAGGAGAUUGUCGAAGAGCUGGCGGACCUCAAUAAGCGAGCACCGAGCAUCGUCUCUCCCGAGUAUCAGAAGUGGAAGGCGGAGAAGGCAGCGCUCGAGCAGGACCACGCAUGGCGCAGGCAGGAUGCGAGGGUGACGGCUGAGUUGGCCAUCGAUGUACACGCGUUGCGCACGGGUCCCCUGGGCAUUGAUGCGGACGGUCGUGAGUACUGGCAUUUGCGGGAGUACCAGGAGCGCAUGCCCAAGUUCACCGAGGGACGGCAUGCGUGGUGCUUGGUGGUGCUGGGCAAAGCGUUCCCCGCGGAUCCGAACCAGCCCAAGGAAGCCAAGGAGGACGCAGGGGACGUCAGCAUGGCCGAAGUGGGCGACAAGACCAAGGAGGAGAAGAAUGAGGCGGAUGAUAGCGGUCUCACCUCGCUCGAUGCUUCGACUGACAACGACGACGCCGACGAUGGGGCGAAGAAGGUCCAACUGGGUCUACCUACAUCCAAGGGCGGCGCGAACGGACAGGUCGACGCUGCUACUGAGGCCCGAAUCUGCAUGGGCACCAACGAUGCAUCGACGAUCAAGACGCUUGUCGACUACAUCACGUUCCGGCUGGAGCGCGUCGAGUACGAGGAGAACAUCGAGCUGCAGGAUCGGGAGAAGCUAGCACGCAUGGUCAAGGAGGGCGACAGCAGCGAUGCAUCUGAUACGGCUCCUAGCAUGUACAGCAUUCGGAAGGCCAAACAGACGCUCAAGGACACGCAGGAGGAGCGACGCAGGCAGGUGGAGCAGCUGGUCAAGCGAUUGACCAAGACCAAGGAGUACUUUGCCUGGCAUCGCGAGGAGUUGGCUCCUUGA